AUGGACAUCCCGCCCAUGGCUUUUUUCGGCAAAGAUACGCCGUUCGUGAUGUGGCCUAAGCCCCAGGACCGGACGAAGCGAUAUUAUGAAGGCCUUGAACAGGAUAUUUCGGUUGAACGGGUCCGACAAACUGCUUCCCGUAUAACAUGGGAAGGACUGGCUGGUGCUCUGCGUCGUAAUAUGAUGGACAAACGCACCACUUUGGAUAUUCAUGAGCGGGCAGAGAUCCAAAAAUCGCUCGCCAUCUUUCGCCGCUCGCAACCGAUCAACAUAAAUGCUGAGCUGUACUCAAAAUUGAGACAAUUGGCCGAUGGGUUCGAAGGAUGCCAAGUCUCCGUUGGGCCUGGGACCGUAUGCAUCAAAAACCAGGAGCUCAACCUUUCGAUUGAGAUCAAUAAUGGAUCGGUCGGCAAAGCAGAAAUCGACUAUUUCGAGACGGGUCUCAUGGAUUUCACGGCCCUAGGGAUCCUGAUGGAAGAAAAUGAUUGGGAGACGAUCCGGAUUGGGAUCAACAACAUGUUGACCUGCGUUCCAUUGACACCAGCAUCGGAUCGGCGCAGCCUCUACAAAUCUUUGCGCGCGUAUGAGAGUUGGCUUAUGGGGAGCGCUAAGUUCGGGCCCGGCGACAAAUUCUCGGUGGUGAAUAAAUCGCGGUUCGGUGCGGUUGCCUUGCAUAACCCGCUUCACACACCUCGUCUGUACUUGCUCGCCGAUCCUCUUUACAAGUGGAAGGUUCGAAGCGAGAGUUUUGAUGCUCAACGAGACGCAGAGAAUUUGUUGUACGCUGAACUGGUGCUCAAAUAUUGCGAGGCAGAAUGUAGCAUACCCUGUGAGGAUGGUGCUCCUUGGGAGGUUCGCAGGGCGAAGGCAUGUGUGACCCUCCGCUUCAACCGCCCGAUGCUCUUUAAUGUAUAUUACUGGCAGAAACUGCGAAAACUUCUCGCCAGGAACUCCUUUGUACGCCGUAAAAUUGAUUUCUACCAUGAUCUCUUUAAUUUUGAUCGUCAGCAAGCCGAAUUGAAACUGAAGGCGCAGAAAGAUUCUGAUAUGGGUUUUGAAAUUACGAUGACUUCCGGUGGAUUCCAACAUGUAAGCGAUAUUUUCGUUGACGAGUUGCACCUGAAAGAUUGUCAAGCGUUGGACGAGGUGAUUGCCCUGGUACGUGCGCAAUACCAGCAUACGGUCUUCAUGUGUUCGCUGAAAGAUUGGCGCAAGCAUCCGGAGAACUUCCGAGCCCGUGAGACUUAUGAAAUGAAGCUCGAGAUCACGCCCAACGAAUAUCAAAUCAAAAUUCAUACAUCGACCGGCGAAUUGGACAUGAACAUUGGCGAAAUUCAUGGCCAUUGGGAAGUGAUUUGUGAAGCGCAUGGGGCCGCGUUUAUCAAGUCAGAUGUUGAAGAGCUGGCUGUUCGAAUCCUGAAAAACACCUGGUCGGUUCCGAUGACAAUUGUGCGCGUACUACAGGAAUGCAAGCUUCGUGGCAGGGAUACUACGGGUCAACACGUCUCUCCACCCACUAAUGAAGUUGAUUCACUUUUCAUCUCCGAUAAAUCGGCUUUACCGUGGUUGAAGUGUCGAGCGACACCCGAGGAACCAAUAGAUGAGGAGACAGUAUUUGAAGUGCACGAGCCGCUGAUGGAAGAUGGCACUGAGCCAAUUGGCUUGUUAGCGUUGUUGAAGCUGAAGGAGGAGCGGGAGGAGCUGUGCCCUCCUGACGAGACGGCUUAUGCCCUACAUCAGCAGCAACAACUCGAAGCCUUUCAGCAGCAGCAGCAAUUGGGCGGGCAACGUGUCCACCGGUUUGUCUCGGACACGACGCUGCAGAAGAACGCCUUCUCGGACCUGGAGGCGAUCGCCCAGUUGGGGCAAGUGGCUGAGGAUGACUAUGAGGGACGACAUGUCGAGGAGAUGCACCACCAGAUGGAUCAGGGCAUGAUGUAUGGGUACUACGAUGAGGCGCCGCAGGACUGUGGAUAUGGAAUGAUGUUUAAUCCGCCCCAUGAUAUGGAGUUGGGUCGGCCAAAGCAGCUACCCCCAGAAAUGUAUGACUACGGCGAAGAUAUGAAUACACAAGGAUCCUAUUCCUCGCCCAUGUAUUCGUCAUCGGGCUUCAAUACGCCCGCAUAUCCGGGAGCGUCACCUUCUGCGAGAGGAGGCGUAUCAAAACGAAGAGGCCGUGGCCGGAAAACAGCGAAUAUGGGAGACCGUGAGGGCUCCGUCGAUUCUUCGGGUUCUAUUAAAAAGACUAGAGGAACCCGAAAAGCUCGCAUCCUUCGCAACCGGCCGAGCCAAGAUUCUCUCGAGCCGGCCAGAGUCGUUCAACGCUCAUUCUCAGAUGCUCACUAUUCCAAUGAGCCUCAAACGCCAAUUUCAACGGGAUCUUCAUCGCGUUCUCCGUUUGUCGAAUCGGACAGUGAUGAUGAGACGGAUCCGCCGAAAUUUGUGCCUACAAAUCAGAGCAAUGCGCACAAUCAAGCCCAUCACGUGCCGGCUCCAGCUCCACCUCCUCAACCCGCACCCCUGCCUCCUCCACAAUACGAACAACCCUCGCCCAGGCCGAGGAAGAUCAGCACGGAGGCUGCCCCGAUUUCUCGUACACCUUCAUCGAGCAUGACACCAACAGCCCCAAUGGCACCUUCGUUUGCUGGAUUUACGGCGUUGAACUCGGCGGCGCCGAUCCCAAAACCAAAAGCCGUCUCCGAUCUAUAUGACGAUGAAGCGGACUCCCCUCCUCCUUCAAUCUCCUCCGAACGAGACCGUGAGCCAAAGAUGAAGCCUGCACCCCCUGCCAUUUCUCCUGUUGCCCCUUCCGAACGAAAAACUACCUUCGCGAUCCGGCAGCCUCCACCCCUGCGCCCAUCCACUAGUUUUGAACAAGCGCUAGCAGCCGCCGACGUACCAAUUCCAAAGAAAUUUCAGGAAGGUUCCCGAGAAGGAAAGCUGGUCAUUAAGAUACCAAAGGACCCGAAAAUCACGAGAGCCAGCCCUUCAGCCGAAGCUAUGCGAUCAAAGUCGCUUUCCAAGUCGAUCUCAGCUGAACGGCUUGAAAAACGCGAACGUGAGAAGGAGAGGGAAAGAGACCGAGAAAGAGAUCUUCGUGAAAAAGAUAAGGAGAGGGAAAAGGAGCGUGAGCGCGAUCGAGAAAAAGAGAAGGAAAGGGAGAGGAAGGCAAGGAGGGAGAGCAUCGACAAGGAACCAGUUGAGAAAAAGAUGAGUCGGAGUCAAGACUCUAUGUUGGCGAGACCGUCGAAGCUCGUAUUCGAUGAGAAGCGGAAACGAAAAUUGGAACGCGAGAAAGAGGAUUUGAGAAGGGAGCACAAGCGGCAUAAAACAGAUAGGCCUGACAAAGAUCGAGAAAGAGAUCGUGAACGAAAAGAAAAGGAGCCGCCCGGCCUUCCUCAACCUCCUGCUCCUCUGCCUUUUAUGCAGUCGUUGAGCUCCUUCAGGAUUCCGAAAAAAAAGGAUGCCUCAUCGUCACAACCGAAAACUGAUGAGCCCAGCACACCUACUUCAUCUCAACCUCCGUCAGAUCCACGGCUGAAAGAACGUGAGCCUGAGCCUCCACCACCUCCACGCAAGGAGAGGCCGGUGCCACCAAAAUUUCCGCCUCCACGGCCGGUGCCACCUCCUUACAAAUCCAAUCCCCCGCCCCAAGCGAAGCCCUAUGAGCAGCCAGCCGCGUCGAAAGCUAUCAGGCCACCGGAUCCAUCGCAGAUUCCACUACCACCAAGUGGGCCACCGUCAUCAGCAUUCCCCCGGAGUCGACCAACAUUACUUGCCGAUCCUCCCGGGCCGCCGAUCCGAAAGCCAAGUCAGCCUCCUCAGCCCCCACCAAUCAUCCAGCGGCAAAAUUCGCAAAACUCACAGCAAGGAUAUCGUUGGGUUGCCCCGCCGGAUCGGGCCUCCCAAGCGAACGUUGCCAUCUCUUCACUACCACCACCAGCCUCCCCCCUCCCC